UGCAAAAGAAGAAGAAGAAGAAGAUAGGGCCGUGUUUUGUUAUCGCGCUGCAAAUCGCAGAUUAUGUAAAAUUCCCCGUGUUUUUCCUACAAAAUAGAUAUUAUUUAGAAGGAACUUCGCCCCCAAAUAGUGCCCCGGAGUCAUGGUGAGGUAUUACGAGGAGAAGACAACGUUCAACUUUGCCUGGGAACAGGUAGCUCUGGCCUUUUGGCAGAAGUACCCAAAUCCACACAGCAACCACGUGCUGACGGAGGACACAGUGCAGCGCGAGGUGCGCGAUGGGAAGCUGUACAGCAAACGCCUCCUGUCCAAGACGAACCGCGUCCCAAAGUGGGGUGAACGUUUCUACAAUGCAAAGUCUGUGAAGAUCGUGGAGGAGUCUGUGUGUGAUCCGCGUGAGCAAAUGCUGGUAACCUACACGCGUAAUAUUGCAUUUACCAAAAUAAUGAGUGUCACGGAGAAGGUGGUGUACUGUAGUUCCAAAGAUACCCCCGGAAGCACCGUGGCGCAUCGCUCAGCGUGGAUUGAUUCGCAAGUUUUUGGCUUUUCACGUGCCAUCUCCGCCUUUGGGCUGGAGCGCUUCAAGAAGAACUGCUCCAAAAUGUCAACAGGCUUCAAUUGGGUCCUUCACACACUCUUCCCAAAUCCCGCCCAUCAGGAUUUACACCUCCUCCAUCCCGCCACGAAGGCGCAAAAAAUCAAGGAAGCAGCUAGAACGGCAUCGGAUCACAUGAAAGCCCAAGCUGAACACAUCUACCAGGUAUAUUCAGUUAAGAACUGAUAGGAUAACAGGAUGGAAGCACUUCCGGAUGGCGCAUUCAUUCCACAAACCACGAAAAAACUAAUUUAAAAAAUGAAAACCUUCCGCAAUUUGCCCAUUAGAUGCUGCAAAAUGCGCCACGGUGCACGGAAAUCCCAAAAAAGAAGGGAUUUGCCAUCAGGUUUUUUCUCUCUCUAUAAAACUUUAAUCCUUUUAGGGGAACUUACAGGGGUGGGAUAAAAACCUUUAAAUCUUCAAUAUGAAUAAACUUCAGUGCUAGAAACAAUAAAAGUAUGCUUUACAUUAGAUGAAUUUA